AUGGAGGAGGAGGAGACGGACUCCGAGGAAAGCUGCCGCGAGGAUGGCGAUGGAGAGGCUGACGAUGUGACGACGAACGACGCAACAAAGCGGGAGGAGGAUGGCGACAACGAGGAAACCCAUGCCGAGCAAGGCAAGCAGUCCGGAGAUUCGGAAAGUUCAGCAUCGCCAGAGGAGCUGCGGCAUCUGGCAUCGUCUUGUUGUUCCGAUGGUGCUGCUUUGCUGCGCAAAGGCGAACUUCAGGAAGCCGUGCGAAAGUUAACGCGAGGGCAGGCUCUGUUGGAACGAACCGAGCCUGCAAGUGUGCUUGAUGUCGAGCAAAAGAUUUUCGCAGCACUGCAGGCAGACAUCGCUGGCAACCUCGGCAUAUGCUACAGGAGGUUAAAGGACUUCGGACCUGCAGUGGACCAGUUGAAGCUUGCCCUUCAGCAUCACGAGGUCCGCCUUCGCGACUGUGACAAGGUUGAUGUUGCAGACCUUAGAACGUUGGUAGCUGCACAUCUCAACCUCGCAUCUUGCCAUAUGGAAUGCGAGGCUGCAGAUGCUGCCCUCCAGCAUGCCGCGACAGCGGCAAACAUGAGUGGCCAAGUCUUGACUGCGAACCGGGAGGCCAGUGGCGAUCUGCCCGCAGGUCCGGCUGAAAAUGACUUUGCAAUGUUGGCCGUGUCUUUUCACAAGGUUGCAGAAGCCCACGAGGCUCUGAAGGAAUGGGGCAAAGCGAUUUUUGCUCACACCCAAGCCCGUGAGGUUGUCCACCGAAGUCUGGGGCCAGCCCAUCCAUUGACACAGUCUCUUGCACGAUGCCGUCCUCACCUGUCUCGUCCAUCUACAGGCAACAGGCAGACUGAGUUUCUCGAUGUUUAUGCAGCCAGCAUUGGCAGAAGUACAGGCUGUCCGCUGCUGCGGCCUAACAAAGGCCAGAAGGUUUUGCCCAGCAUUCCUCAAGGUGCCCGUGGCAAGCCGUUCGUGAGAACAACAGAAGCUUUGGGCUUCGAGCUCGCAGGCUACCAGAUCAAUGCCACUUGUUUUCCAAGCUGGCCUCCAACCAAUGCUAGCAACGAGGAGCAGGAGUGGUAUGCCAUGGCACGAGCUCGAAGACAUGAAGCUCCACCGCUGCCAAAGCUGGCCAUCAAGCAGGAGCCCGUGGUUGACAACUUUUCUGUGAUCCCACCUCCCAGCAGAGGCGCGCUGAGUCGGCGAAGCCGAAGGAGCUGA